AUGCCUUCCCGCCGUGCUGAAAAGCCAAAAGACCACUACCCCCGAACCAUUACACUCAGUGGUGGUCAUGUAUCGGAGUGGCAGGCUCGCAUGAGGCUCUUCGAAUCCUUCCAGCGCCUCUACCAAGCCCACAGCGUGACCUCCCCGGGGGUCAUCGUAACACUCAACGCAACAAUGUUUGCAGUCAUGAUGAUUGCUCCUCUCUCGCAGAUGCGGCGGAUGCUGGAAGAAAUUCGUCACUACAGGCCCGACCAGCAUGGGUCAGAGAAUCCCGUGAAGCUGCUGCUCUACGCCAUGUAUACCGCGCCAGAGGCGCGCAGCGUCCACCCUGCCCCGGAGAAAAAGCAUACACAAAAUGUAUGCCUUUUCACCGUCUCUCGCAAUGCAGAGAAAGCAGACAUCUUUCCGCUCUGCACCACCAUCGGCGACGCAUUCCAGCCCCUCGACGCCCUGCUCACAUGCUUCUGGGGCGAGAGAAUCAGAGACCGCUGGGCCUCUCAGGUCACCGACCCGCGCGUCAUAGAGUCUCCCCGGAACUUCCUCUCAAUGAGUCGCGAGUUGCAUUUCAUGUGGGACAAGGCGGCUUUCGCUCUGAAGCCGCUCAGUGAGUCUGAGACUGAAAUUACUGUGCAGUGGCAUUGGCUUCAGAAGAGCGAGCUCAGUCCAAGAAUGAUGAUACCCCCUAACGCCAAGUACGAAAAGUACGUCUGCCGCCACAUCUGCGACAGCUGGGGGAGCAUGAAGCACGUGUUCGGCAACUCCCCUCAGACGGGCCAGGUUUUUACUAUUCGCGUCGAAGACCCCGAACAAUUGCCCAGCUUUGAGCUGUUGGAGCUUCAGUGGGAUCUUUUGCGUGUUGCUGCUAUAUCGGGGGCUGGCAAUUUUGAUGCUCAGGACCCCUUUUAA